CUGAGUUGGUAACACUUCAGAAUCCGCCAUAUUGAUUAUCGUUUACUCAUUAUUUUGAUGUUGUUUGAAUUAAAUUUGUAAUUAUUAAUUUUUACGGCAAUUUUAUCUCAUUUAAAUUGCUCUUCUUUAUUGUAUAAAAUAAUGGAUUCUCUUAUUGGAUAUGGUAGCGAUGAUGACAAUGAGUCUGAACGACUUGGAAGCCAUCACGUCUCGGUGGGCGGUGUGUCCGGUGGGCCGGCGCGGCGGCGCGACGACGACACCAACUACGAUGACGUCAACAUGGACAUGAGCGAGGAUUCGCAGGCAGAGUCGGAGCCCGAGCUGCCGCCCGCCGAGCCGCACAACUCGUCGCGGCGCUCGUCACGCGAUGACAGGAGGGGCUCAGACGACAGCCGUGAUCGUGACGGCGAUCGUAAGGACCGCCGCCGUGAGUCUCCCGGUCGGACGCGGCCCGACCGCGACCGCGGCGACCGCCGCGAGCCACGCAGGGAUGAUAAGUACAGAGCGGAGCGAGACCGUGGCCGGCACGACAGCGCGGCGCGCCGCGGCCUGCUCGGCGACAGACCCGACGACAAGCACACAGACGGAAAGCCACCGGCGCUUAUGGAUUUAAAACCGUUUGGCGGGGAGCCGCCGCCGGGUUUCGACCAGCGGCGCUCGCAGGACGCAAGAGACGCCGUGUCGCCAAGGUUCGUAGACCGCGACCGUCGUGACCGCGAGAAGGGAGAGCGUAUCGACAGAAGCGACAGGGGGGAACGUGGCGACAGGAGUGAUAGGGGGGAGCGCAACGACAGAGGCGACAGGGGGGAGCGUGACCGCGACCGACACGGCCGCCGCUCCGAAGAAAGGAAAAGUUCACACCGUCGCCGCGAGCGGUCACGGUCGCGGUCGCGGUCGCGGUCACGCGGCGCCGCCUUCCCACCACCCACCACACAUACGUCUACCUCUGGCGAAAGACGUGGUUCCCCGCCUUCUGGAGAUUACAGACCGUCAUCUUAUAAAGUUAAUAAAAAAUUAGAAGUCAUGGAGAAAAUGGGGCUGCAGAUCAAGACCCCGGACGGGUCGAUGGCGACGGCGCAGCAGCUGCGGGCCGCGGCCGCGCCCACCCACCCGCUAGGCCACCACUCGCACCACUCGCUGCCCUCCUACUACAAUCCCAGCGCCGUCAACACUACCAAGAUACUCGACCAGGUCCAGAAACGCAAGUUGCUAUGGUCUAACAAGAAUAAGAGUGAAGCGGAGGAGGCGGCCAAGUGGAGCGGCACGCGGUUCGCGCAGGACAGCGACGGCAAGCAGGUGUCCAAGUUCAUGCGGCUCAUGGGCAUCAAGGAGCCAUCUGCAGUAAAACCCGAGAACCCGGAGCCGUCGGCGGACCCGAUCAAGAAGCAAGAGGAGCUGUUCCAAGCGAUGCAAGCGCAGUAUGAAGUGGCGCGUGCCACCACGCACACCAUGCGCGGCGUCGGGCUCGGCUUCCAGCGCGGCCAGUACUAGCCUCGCCAUCACCCGGCUUACCGGCCCUCGUGGACUACGCUCGACACUGCGAAUAGGGAGCCCUGCCUAACAAUUAACCUCGUAAUGGAAGGGUUACUAUCUCGUCUGAAAAAUUAACAUUCGGUACAUAGCAAUACGUUACAGUGUUGCCAGCUUGACGUAAGAUUUCCGAUCUUCUGAAUUGAACACAGUGGGCUAGAUUGGUAUAAAAUUUUGAAAAUGUAACUCUUUUGCUGUCUGCCUACUUUUUGGAAUUUUGGAUAUACUCACGAUAGUAAGUUUAAUGGGAAUGUAUUUGUACAAAAUUAUAAAUAAUUAAAUAUUAAAAAAAAAAGCUAUAUAAAAACAUUAAUUAAUCUUAAACAUGUCUCAAAGCCCCUGUUAACAUUUUUUGGUCAUGUUCAAGCCGGAUUUUCACAUUAUAAUGCCUGUCUCGAUUCCUUGCCAGUUCAAUCUAGGUCUGUUUAAAUAUAUUUAUGUAAGAAACAAUGUAUGUAUUCAUAUCUGUGCAGUCUGCUUCCGAUCCAGUCACUAUCAAUUUCAAACUGCUACCAUACCGAGGUUUUACUUACCAUACCGAGAUUAUAUUGCGAAAAAACCGAGACCGACAUUAUUGUGUGGACCCAGCGUUAUUGUAUUCGAUAUAUAUAUCUUUCGUAACAUCAAAGCAAGUAGUAUAUAGUAACGGCAUACUUGUUUUUUAUAUAAGUUAAAAUACUAGGGACAUUUAUCCCAGGAAUACUUUCAGAUUGUAAUAUAUUCAAACUAUUUCGAACAUCAAGCCUCACAUAGUCUAGGGCUAUGUUUAAAAAAUAUAUACAUAUUUUGUUAGGAUCUGUGGUUCAUUCCGAUACCAUAGAAUUCUUAUUAUGGUGAAAGUACCAUAAAACUAAGCAGUAUUGGCUUUAAUUAAGAAUUUUUUACUAGUAAAUAUUUAUGUGAUUGUUGAAAUACAUUGAAACAUGAAUUAAUGGCGUUUGCCAUUUAAAAACAUGACAUUGGUACGUUCUAAAUUUAAAUAAUUACAAACUCUUGCUAGGUUAUAAAAUACUUUGAACUUGGUGUAAAUUAAAAAAAUAUAUAAACAUGCAUGACAGGCAACAAACUAUUAUUGUCCUUGUAACAUAACGACUUUCGAGUUUUUUUUUCCAAGUAUUAAUAUAAAAAAUAACGCAUGUACUCGUAUAGUCUUGUUGUAAAUUAAAGUAUACAUCUAGAAAAACGUAUGAUUUGGUGAGAACGCCAUGUUAAAAUAUUAUUUUAGUGUUCUCUCAAAUAUUUGAAUUCCAUUGUUCGAUGUCUGUCAUGAUUGUAAGUCAUUAUUAUAUGUAAUAAUGUGGGAAUUUUGUAAACUUCUAUGUUAGUUCAUCAAAUUUCCUUUAUACGUAUAAUUAUGUAUAUAGAUAAAAUAAAAACUCCUUAUUUCUAAAAAUGUCAAACCAUACAUAAACAUAUUUUACCUAUUCAAGUGUUUUGUCUCGUUCUUUUGUAUUAAUUUCUCAAUUUAAAAGAUAGUGUAAUAGAUAAAAUAGGUUUGUACGCCGUUUUAGUUUUCAUAAAUAAGGGGAUAAGUCGUUAUUGUAAAUAUAAUUAAAAAAAAGUUACUCUAUUUUAUAUUUUGCGUACUGAAAGUUUAUACUUUCGGUCAAACGUAAUGAUUUACUACAUACAUGUUUCACCGUGACCGCCUGUUGGGUGGUAAUGCGUGGAUUUAUUUUGUAUUUAUAACUUGCACAUUGGCACCUUCCUUAGUGUAAGUAGAAUCAAGAAAUUUUAUUUUAAAAUUGUAUUUUCAUUAUAUAUUGUAAUGUAUGUCACGAAAUCUUACAAUGGAGUCGGUUCUGAGGCCCUAUUUCUUUAGACUUGUUUGAAAUUAAAAUAAAUUUGAUGUCAUAGCGAAAUCUUUAAUGUAUGAACCAAAAUGAACUCAUUAUGUACUAGAUUUAAAUCAAAAUUAUAGUAAUUUUAGUUUAUGUUGGUUCAUAUAACAGUAAUUUAAAAAAAAAAUAUGAAAUUAAAGUAUUAUGUUAAGACAUCUUACAAUCGGUCCCAUUGUUUUUCUUCUUAGUCGUGUUUUUUUUUCUAAAUUAUUUAUUUAAAAAUAAAAUUGACAAAAUUAUCUUACUAAUUGUAAGAUUAUUUUGUCUAUUUUAUUUCAUAAAAAUAUAAAAGUCAGUCACCUUAUAUAUCUAUUUUAGAUAUCGAAGUUUGUCCUUUACGCUCAAAUCCCAGUUUGAAAGAAAGUGACAAAAAAAUAACAAAUAGUGUUAUAAAUCUGUAAUAAAAAGUAUAUAUACUAAAUUGAACAUUAAUAAAAUGGUUUGGAAUAAAUUAUGAAUAAGAGGCUGGUCUAGCUAUUUAUUUUAUGGACUGUUAUAAAAAAAAUAUAACGCGUCACUAAAUUCAUUGUCGAUGGAAAUUCAUGCCAAGAGUGUUUUAUAAAUAUGCCUAGUAAAAUAUCUUUAUCUCAGCCAUUAUCUGGCCGUAUUCUUUAUCCAUGAACAAUUACUAAACAGUUUAUGUAAUGGUGUAUAAAUAUGUCUAAAUUUCGUAUUGAUUUGUAAAUUAUAAUGAAUACAAGGUUAUAAUACAUAUUUUCGAUAAUAUAUUAUGAGAUAUGAGUUGCCAUAUUCAAAUUAGUAAUUUAGUUGACAGGCGAUUUAUUCAGCAUUUAAUAAAAUAUAAUAGAAAUAAAAUAGACCACUAUUUUGAACGAGUAAAAUAUUUUUUAAUAAGUUUACCGCCAUUUGACUAAAUUACCAAAGCGAUCCAAACUGUACAUACUCGUGUACUGCUGUAUUACAAAGGUGCCUUUGUGUAAUUCUGCAAGCUGUGUGUGAUAUAACUAGCAGUAGAAAUAAUAUAAACAUGGCAAUUAUUGUGAGUAGAAUUUUUAACAUUAUUAUGUUUGUUUGUAUCGAUAGUUACUGUAUUACAACUCGCAAUGAUUAUCAUUUUUAUCAAUUAGUUAUUUAAUUAAUAAAAACUAUAAAAGAU